UUGGAAAGAGGUUUUUCGGAAAAGGAAUGGAAGAUGGAGGACCAGGGGUUGAAGAGGAAGAGCAUGUCGCCGGGCUUUUCACCAUUCUUGGGUACCUUUAUUCUUUUUGUAUCUCUGAUUAUUUACCAUGUUUAAGAGUGUUUGACAUAGAUGGGCAUGAGAAGAUUAUGAAGAAAGCUCUUGGGACUGUAAGAAAAUAUCAUGAUCCUGAAAUUGACCAAAGAAUUGGGAAAUGGAAGGAAGGUUGUAAGAAAGAAAAAGAAGACUUGCUUGAUGUUCUGAUUACUCUCAAAGAUAUAGAUGGUAGACCAGUGUUGUCAGCUGAAGAGAUCAAAGGCCAGAUAGUUGAACUAAUGAUAGCAACAGUGGACAAUCCAUCAAAUGGCGUCGAAUGGGCACUUGCAGAGAUGAUAAAUCAGCCCCAGACCAUUGAAAAAGCCAUAGAAGAACUAGACAGAGUGGUUGGAAAAGAGAGAUUAGUCCAAGAGUCCGAUUUGCCACACCUCAAUUACGUGAAAGCAUGCGCCAGAGAAGCCUUUCGGCUUCACCCCCUUGCACCCUUCAAUGUUCCACACGUGUCCCUCGCAGACACCACCGUCGCCGGUUACUUCAUCCCUAAGGGUAGUCACGUGUUGCUGAGCCGACCGGGACUCGGCCGAAACCCGAGAGUUUGGGAGGAGCCACUCAAGUUCAAGCCGGAGCGCCACCUGAAGGACGCUGGCUCGGAGGUGGGGCUUUCUGACCCGGAGCUGAAGAUGUUUUCGUUUAGCACAGGAAGGCGUGGGUGUGCGGGGGUGACAUUGGGUUCUACCAUGACUGCCAUUCUUUUGGCUAGGCUUCUUCAAGGGUUCACUUGGAAGUUUCCACCCUGUGUGUCUAGUGUUGACCUCAGAGAGGCACAGACUGAUCACUCUCUAGCUCACCCACUGCUAGCUCUAGCACAGCCACGCUUGGGUGAAAAUUUGUAUAUUGCAGCUUGAAUCUUCUUAUAUACAAAUAAGUAUGUAAUAGUAAGUAGAGUUAUCUGCGUAAAUGAAAAAAGCUAUGAUAUACACUAAAAAUUAUUUCAGUACCAUACCGAAUCUGAUUUGCAGUUAUAACUUUCAAUCCGAUGUAUUUGUACUCGUUGGUUAUAAAAAUAAUUAAGUAAAAUUUAUUUUUAGUAAGAUAGUUUGAUCUAUGCAUGUUAUAAAUAUGAG